UGCGCAUGCGUAUUAAUAGCAAUACACAACGUGAACGUAAAAUAUUAGAACUUUGUUUUCAAUGCAAGGCUUGAAAAUAUGUGAUGCAAAGUGCCACUUGCGUAAAGAAAUGCACACCAGAGGUCUUUUGCCAGAAGCCACCACGAUCUUCAAUGAGUGGUCACUUGUUCAAGAUAGGUGAAGAUAAAACAUGCCAUCAAUAGCAGAGGCCGACUAUGGUAUCCGUGAUGUCUGGCAAAGCAACUUGGAGGAGGAGUUUCGCACCAUACGGCAGGUUGUUACCAAGUGCAAAUUUGUCGCCAUGGACACAGAAUUUCCUGGGGUUGUAGCACGCCCUAUAGGAGAGUUUCGCAGCACAUCUGAUUAUCAGUACCAGCUUUUGCGCUGCAAUGUAAAUCUCCUCAAAAUCAUCCAGAUUGGUAUCACAUUCUAUGAUGAGAAUGGCAUACCAGCAUCACCAGUCUCAACAUGGCAGUUCAACUUUAAAUUUACUUUGUCUGAAGACAUGUAUGCCCAAGAAUCAAUUGAUCUCUUGCGCAAAUCAGGAAUCCAGUUUGAGAAGCUGGAGAGUGAUGGCAUAUUGCCCAAUGACUUUGCAGAACUAUUGACAACGUCUGGUGUAGUUUUGAUGGAUGACAUCAAGUGGUUAUCGUUCCAUAGCGGCUAUGACUUUGGCUAUAUGUUGAAGAUUUUGACUGGUGAAAACUUGCCUGCGGAAGAAAACGCCUUUUUUGAGCUUUUGCGAAUCUACUUUCAAAAUAUAUAUGAUGUCAAGUACCUCAUGAAAAGCUGUAAGAAUCUUAAGGGAGGGCUUCAGGAAGUUGCAGAUCAGCUUGAGAUCACACGAGUAGGUCCCCAGCACCAGGCUGGAAGUGACAGCCUGCUCACUGGAAAUGCUUUCUUCAAAAUGAGAGAGAUGUUUUUUGAGGACAACAUUGAUGAUGCAAAGUAUUGUGGACAUCUGUAUGGACUUGGUACAUCUUUUGUUGCCAAUGGUGCUGGCUAUGAUACAUAUAACAACUCGCACACCCCUGUUCCAGGAGUAGAUGAGGGAGGAGCAGCAACUGUCAUCUCAUGAUGUCAUCAUCAGCACUGUCUUCAGCUUUUUUAUCAUUUUCUUUUUCACUCAUCGGACAUUCACCUGUAUCAUCAAUCCCUCGUUGUUUCAUAGCCACUAGCAAGAUCAGUGUAACCAGCCCCCACAUGGAAGCACUGGUUUGUCUCUUGCAAAAGGCAAACCUUUGUAAUUGAACCACUUGUGCUGAAGAGAAAUUCAUCGAAAAUCGAGAGUACAGGAAGUGAUCUGCGAAGUGUAGUCAAUGAAUCUUAAAGCCAUCAUUAGGCUGUGGAGUACAGGAGGGCACAAAACCAAAAAAGAACAUUCAAAAAGGAUGUGUUUUGUCUUCUGGGAGUGUGGCAUAAGAAUUUUCUGGACCAGAAUUAAGUAUGACUGUUUCUGUGUGAAUCAUUUUUUUAAAAUUAAGAAACUUCUUGUCUUCAAAAGGCAGCUCUCAGCUGAGCUAGGAUGAUAAGCUCUUGUAAACAAGUUUUAACCCAUCGGCAUUGCAGAAGACAUCUCAGGCUUUUCUGAAUUACCUGAAACCAGUUAGAUGUGAUGCAUGUAUGCACACAGAAGUGUGCAACGCAUGCACACAAGCAUGGGUAUACGCGUAUUUUCUUGCGAGUUGUUAUUUAACAGAUUAUUUGUCUAACUUUUCUCAUUAACAGAAGCACCUUUCUUAUCAUUCUAUAGAGAAAAGGGUGUUAGGUGCAGAAACUGAAAAAAACUGCAUUUGUAAAUGCGAGGCAGAGGGCAGGUAAUAGUAUGGCUGAGGUGGUGGUGAUGGUGGUGGUUGUUUAUUAGGCUUAACUGUAAAGGCCAUUUGAUGGAAGUCAACAACUGCUUAAAAUAGUUUAUUCUGUAUUUGAUAUAUGCUGUUAAGCAUCGUUCUUUUGAAUGUUUUUGUGGACUUGAUAUACUUGCAUUAACCGUGAGACAAUUAUAUGAGACAAUUAGUUUAAAAAAAAUGUUGGGGUAGGGGGUGAUAGGGAAGGAACAGUUUAGGUUUCCAAUCUUUGGAUUUAAACCUAUCUAACAAAAAACAAAACCAAAAAGCUCCACCCCCACUGACCACCAUCACACCCAUGCAGUAUUCAGCUCCUCUCAGUGGUUACCCACUACAGCAACAUGGGAUGUUUGCCAUACGGCUAUCCUCAAAACAAUGGCAAACCUUGCUAAGUUUUUAUGAUUAUGUUCACACUUUGCAUGCUAUAGACCAGCGUUCAUGUGGAAAAAUACGUCAAGACUUGCCGAACUGAUCAACAUGUGGCCAUCAUAGUACUGUUUCUUCUAACACUUUCAGCGCUUGGUUCUUUGAGGUGAGGAAUACAAAUGCGUGCUCAGUUUGCUCUCUUGAUAUUUAUUUUAGCAAAAGAUUGAGUUGUCUUGAAAUGUGGCAAUCACAUAUGAAGAUGGUAAGUAAAACCACUUACUGAAGGGUUGGCAUGUCUGGAAAUAUGGCUUUUGUAUGUAGAGAUUGUAAGUACUCUUAAUACAUUUUAAUUUGUGUGCUCAGUGGUUAAAUUGAAAAGAAAAACACCUCAGCUAAAGCAUUUUAAAAAAAAAAUAGAUCCUCUAUUUCAUAAUGGUUCUUGUACGGUUCGAAUCUUAUUAUUGGAUCUUACUGAGCCAUAGAUAAUAUUAAAUGUUUUGAGAAUGAGAGGACAUCAUAAAAGUCUUUCCACUUUAUAGCUGUAGCAGAUUAUUAAUAGCCCGAUAAAUUAUGGAUAUGCUAUAGCACCAUUAAUUUCUUUUUAAAUUUCUUUUUUAGAAAGAAUGACCAGUGUUGGUCAUCAGAAUAUUGUAUUGUCUGAUGAGAACAAGACUUAACUGUGUUUCCUGUGUAGAAACAGUUUAAUUGGGAAGAAAAAUUGUACUUAUUUUAAAUCACUGGUGUGAUAAUGUGAUAUACAAUCUGUCCCCAGGGUGUUUGGUGUUAACAGAACAGAUAGAUGGCUGACAUUUCAUUGUUUUAGUUGAUAUUAAUCAUGUAUGAUAAUUUUAAUUCUAUUACUUAAGCUCCUGAGUGUAUAGCUGUCUUUUCAUCUGUAGAGAAAAUAAUCUAGGAUUUUUUGCACUGUCGUGCUUUUCAGGUUAAAGUGACCUAGUUUCUUUUCAUUCAUAUUUUAGGUAAUAAAAAAUAAUGCAGAUUUUGAAGCACACAAUAACAUGUGAUGUAAAAGUAAAUACACAAUAUUUGCCACAAUAAAUAAUCUCAACCCCAGUAACAUCAAUCAGUUAAUGCAACUUAGAGUUACAAACAUGCAUACUGUGAAUGCUUCUUGGUUCUUCCAUGUUUUCAUGCAUGCAUUUUGCAAAUUUUUAGUGUUAGUUUUCAGUCUGUAACUUAUCUAAUUUCACUCAAUGCAGGACAUAUUUUGUAGUUAUAUGUUUUAAAGUGUGCUUGAAAUGUCAACCAUGUGGGUUUUUAACAAGGUUAGCUUGCGGGCUCUUAAGAAUGUGAUAAUACUUUUUGAGGCAGCUAGGCAUGACAUAGGUCUACAUAUAGUUCUUGAUAGCUUAAUUUAAGCCAUCAUCAUGUUUAAAGUGACUUCAUACUUUUUCGUCCGUCUCCAUCUUAUGUUUAAUCACCUAACAGUCUGUUUAACUGCUUUCUCCUUUUCUCUCUUUUACAAUUUUGCUUUAAUGGAUCUAAUGUUUUGGUUAAGACAUUGUCUAAAGAAUCUAAUCAGUCUUUGUUACCUGCAAUGAAUAGGUCUUUGCAUUGUAUUUGUUGCAUGUGUUAUAAGCAGCUAAGGAUGAGAGUAGAAACGCUGUUCUUUGCUCCCUAAAUAAAUCUCUGAUUCAUGAAGAAAGUGUCAUGUGGCCUCAUAUAUCAAGAAUAUUUUAAACUGUUGCGCAAGGCAGCUGUUUCAUUACUAGUUAUUUUUACCGAGGCAGAUAAUCUAUAGACACUGUAUUAUCUGAUUCAGGUUGUACAAAAGAUAUACCAUAUAAGAAAAUUUUGCAAAUAUUUAAAAAGAAAUUUCUUGAUUUAGUAGCUAUAAAACUUUUUAAGUAUAAGUAAUUUCGAAGGCAAAUAGUUUGUAGCUGACUGGCAGUUGGGCAAGGAUAUAUUUUUAUUUCUCGAUGGUUAUCCUCAACUUCUAAUGUGUGCUGGUAACAUUAUCUGUCAUAUGUUUUUGUUUCUGAAUCUGUUUUAUCAUGUGUUUCUCUCUCUCUCUAACUAAUGCAUAACCUGAUGCUUUACCUUUUUUAAAAUUCCUCACUUCUUUUCUUUAUCAUCAAUUGUGUAAAGACCCUUUCUUUUCCUAAAACAUUAAAUAGAUCCAGACAAAAUGAAACACUGUUCCUUUUAGUUUCAUUGAAGCAUAGAAUAAAGAACACAAAGUAUUGAUCUAGGAUUGGUUUUAAGAUAAUGCAGAAAUGCAAAUAACAUCCAAAACUUUCUUCUGCCAUGUUCAAAAGCUAUAGUCAUUGCACUGAAAAGUGUAUCAUGCUUAUGGUAGCCAUUUCCUUUUGUCAAAAAUACCCACUGCAGUCCAUGUGGAAAUCCUCUUUUUUGACACUCUGCUGCUUUAAAACUUAUGUAUGCCAUGAAAAAAAUGUAACUGGGACUGCUAGGUGAUAGCAGUUUUCUCUGCUGUUGCAAUAAUUAUGUGGUAAAGAUGAUGGUUUUAUUGUUGCUACUUAUAAGAAAAACUUAGUGAAACUGAUAAGGACACCAGGCCCUUUUAAAGAAGUAUACUUAUGUUCAAAUACAGAAAAGAGUGAGCUUUUAACCUUGUGCAAAAGCCUAGCUGUGAUUGUUGCCCACACCUGUUUGCAUUUUAUCUUUAAAGUAGAAUCUUAAAACCAACUGUUUUUGGUUUUAGCCUCUCCUUGUAUGAAUUUGUUCUCACCUGACAAUACAUGUCCAUGGCAUUCUUUUAGGAAACUAGUUGACAGAAGUGAAAGAUAUAUAGAAUUGUCAAUAAUGUUGUAAGUGAAUUUUGGAUCCAGCUUGAUGAUACAUAUUUUCAGCUUUAACACCUUUUCAAGCAGCAUGUUAAUUUUCAUUGGUCCUUUUAAGGUGGUAGGAUGCUUAGGGUACCAAAGUAUGAAUAAAAAAGUAUCCAAUCCUUCAGUGAAUCCAUGGCAGCACCAACUGUAAGGAGCUGCAUUUUUUUUAAAGACCAUUUUUCCUAAUCUUUUUAAAUUUGUAAAUAAAGCUUUUCCUUCAGCCUUAAA